AAGCAAGUGAACAUCAUGCCUAAGGGAAUAGGAACAGUUAGAAGAGACCCACCAAAAUCACUGACGUGUAUUUAGUUUCCUCAUCUUUCGUGCCGACUACGAUAUCGUUGGAUUUUAUCUGACCUGAAGAUCUAUCAUUUGCAUUGGCGCUGUUUGGUGUGUUUCUAUAUUUUAUUGUUGUUGUCUGUGUUUUUUUGGGAUCGUCGCCCAGAGGUUUCUGUAGCCGGUGGUUCUUCUGAGAAGUCGUUUUGUCCAGCUCGGGUAGUGACAUUCUGUAUCGGAUUCAAUGUGUAUCGUUACGUUGAUCCCUUUUUUUUGCGAAGUUUGGAAGCAUAUUUUUGAACGGAGGUUGUGAUAAUUUGUGAAUGUAUUAGAUGUUUCUAAACUCACUGCAAGCACUUUCCCGUUUUAUUUGUGCCGCCAUCGUUGUGUUGAAAACCCCUCUGUACGUCGCAUCAUGGGAAACGUCAGUAGGAAGACUGGAGCCCAGGUCAGUUGGAGCCACCAAGCGUUCGCUGUCAGGUGCAGUUCCCAGGUGAUUUGGACGAAGGUGCGCCGUGCCAUGGCGUCAGUGUGUGUGGCUGUCCGUGUUCGACCCUUGAACAAAAGAGAAAAGGAAAUGUCAGCGAAGGUGAUUAUCCACAUGAAGGGGAGGAUCAUUUCUGUAGACGGAAACCACAAGGACAUACACAAAGGUAUUCCUGGCAUUGGCCUGACGGACCGAGGAAGACAUUCAUUCUCCUAUGAUUUCUCCUACGACUCUACUGAUGUCAGAAGCCCCAACUUUGUGCCUCAGGAGAAGGUGUUUAAAGACUUGGGCUGUGAUGUCCUGAAGGCAGCGUUUGAAGGUUACAACGCCUGUGUGUUCGCCUAUGGACAAACCGGGUCAGGGAAGUCUUAUACCAUGAUAGGAAACCCAGAAGAUCUAGGUCUGAUUCCACGGAUCUGUGAUGGACUGUUCUGUCACAUAUCAGAGAUGGACCAGGUGGAUGGGGCCUCCUUCCGCAUAGAGGUCAGCUACCUGGAGAUUUAUAAUGAGCGUGUACAGGACCUCCUCACGACUAUGGAUCCAGGGAGCGGGUCAGGACUCCACCUCAGAGAACACCCCAAGGAUGGGCCCUAUGUGGAGAACCUGUCGACGCGCCUGGUUCAGAACUACACUGAUAUUGAGGAGCUAAUGUAUGCUGCGAAUGCCAAACUCAUCACGGCGAACACGGGCAUGAAUGACGUUAGCAGCCGCUCUCACUCCAUCUUCACCGUCAUCAUCACACAGGUUCGUUUUAACGCAGAGCUGCCGUGUGAGACUGUGAGUAAGAUCCACCUGGUAGACUUGGCAGGCAGUGAGAGGACUGGUGCCAGACUGAAGGAAGGAGCCAACAUCAACAAGUCCCUGGUCACUCUGGGUAGUGUCAUCUCUGCUCUGGCUGAUACAUGUGUGACUGGAGGAGGGAGCUCCCACACAGGGAAGAUGAAGAAGCAGCUGUUUAUCCCCUACAGAGACUCUCUUCUUACCUGGCUCCUGAAGAAUAGCCUGGGGGGAAACACCAAGACAAUCAUGAUAGCAACCAUUUCUCCUGCUGACGUGCACUACGGUGAGACACUGAGCACUUUGCGCUACGCUAACCGAGCUAAGAACAUCGUUGACUGUGGGCUUGUUGACGAGGACAGCGGCGUUAAAGUCAUCAGAGAACUGCAGGAGGAGAUCGGUAGACUGAGAGGACUGAUGGAGAAUAACAACCAGGAAGAGACUGUAGCUCUGAGGAAUGAGGGUAUCCGUGUAGUGUUGGACUCAGAACCACCUCAUCUAAUCAGCAUCGACGAUGAUCUUCUCAGCACCGGCGUUAUUUUCUAUCAUUUAAAAGAAUGCAGGACGCUGGUGGGUCGACACGAGGCGCCGUCCAAUCAGGAUAUCGGUGCUGUCAUCCAGCUAGGGAGAGGAACUAUGUUCCAUUUCAACCAUCCUAAAGAGACGGUCCAGCUCAGAGAGCAACGCAAGAGUGCACUUCUCUCCAGUCUGUCCAUGGCACACCUCUCCGAGCCCACAGAGAACCUGUCCAAGGAAAUGCUUUUCCAUUCCGGGAUGGAUAUGCUAGCUGCAGCAGGACUGACUGGAGACACUAGACAACAGAGGAGCUCUGUGGUCUCUUCUCCACUAAAGACCUGUACUGUAAUGCAGGCUGAUGGGUGUACUGUGGAGCCUAACACGGGCCCAGGUGUCCUGUCAGGUCUCUCUUCUGACGGCUGCAGCAGGAGACUGUACAAGGCCGGAGCCUGUCACAGUGGCCCUGCAGAGACCUCAUUAGGUGCUGUUGUAUCCCACCUGCAGAGAGGAGACGAAGGAGGAAUAGACGGAGGAACAGAGGAAGGAACGCACCACGCACACUUCCCGCUGGCCAGCAGCAGCUCAACAUACACACAGACCUCUCGGUUUGACAAACACACUGCCUCUCUGUCCCAGACCGAACACACAGUCUCCCGGCUGGACAGAGACAGACACAGACGCAGCCAGGCGGUACGCGGCCUACCGCUAGCAGCAUUGGAGGGCCAUUUCAGUCGCUGCAACAUGAAUUCAUCCAAGACCACGGUGGAGGGCUACGGAGACUAUUACAAGGAGGAGACCCAGGCUGGGGCUAGGAGGGAGGAGGAGGUUGAGCAGGUUAGCAGGGUAUCCCAGAUCUCUGGGCUUGGGGGGAAGCAUGAGCUAGACUCUCUGGGGGAAGAGAGCUCCAUCUCUGGGAUGGGUUCUGUGGUCAGCAGUGAGGUCUCUAUCUCUGGGAUGGGUUCUGUGGUCAGCAGUGAGGUCUCAGUGAGGUUCCCGGACACGUGGCGUCUCCUCCACAGCUCCCUCCCGAGAGUCCUGCAGCAGUUCUGGGACAGUACAGGAAUUCUGCAGCGUGGAGAUGGGGGAAUGGCUGGGAGUCUGCAACCUGGAGCUGUGGGAGGAGCCUGUUCCAGUUGGCCCAGUCAGGUUGUCUCAAUGGUGAGGGAGAGUCUGGUGCUGUCAGUGGUCAAAGACAGCCAGGUCUUCUCAUUGGUCAGAGAGAGUCACAUGUUCUCCUAUGUUAAAGACAGUCGGGUGUUCUCUAUAGUCAGUGAGCUGCCAUUGGUGCAACAGAUGAGCACUGAGCUAAGGCAUGACUUCAGGAGCAUUCCCAUUGAGCUAACUCAUGACUUCAGGAGCAUUCCCAUUGAGCUAACUCAUGACUUCAGGAGCAUUCCCAUUGAGCUAACUCAUGAUCUUCAGCAAGUGGAGUCAACUGGAAUACAGCAGAGGGCUAUUGACCUUAACACAGCACCAAAAAUGAACCUGCCCCUUCUUACAACCCAGAGUACUGUCUUCAGCCCAGCACCAAGCCUGUACCCAGCCCAAAAUGCCACUGAGUUCCCACAUAGACAGAACACUGGUAAAGAAGUGGAUUGGAGAACAGGGGAACAGAAUCCCAUCCGAGAACUGGAGUGGACUCCAGAAGGCAGACAGGAGGCUCCAUCUACGUCAGAGGUCCAGAUUACAACCAAGGAGGAGCUUUGGUCACCAGAGGACCAGAUCAAGAUGGAGGAGGACCAACAGUGUGUCACCGAUGGCGCCAAUGGCAGCAAGCCACAGUCUCCUCCAGAGCAGGGGGACAACGCCAGGUCUGCAGGUCCAGAGAAGAGCUCUGUUCCUGGGCAGGCGAAGCAGUGGACUGAGGGUGUCCAGGUAUAUUACCAGAGACUGGUGGAGUUCCCAGGGGCUCUGGUUCAACUCCAGUCCCUUCCCAUGUUCACCCUCCUGGGCUGUCUCCAGUCUGUUGUCCCCUCGGUCUUCACCUCGCAGAGACUCGUGGCUCUCUACUGGCUGGGCGUGGCCAACUGCAGCCAGCCCCACCCACACCCUUCUGUCGUCCUCUUAUUUGAGUCCUGCCUUUACGCCCUGACCUUUGACCCUGACAUGUCCGAUCAGACCACGCCUCUGACAGUGUUCCACCACCUCCCCCUGCUGCAGAUAAAGGAGAUCCAGGUUGGUUUUGGCGGUCAGAGUCUUCGUCUCACAGCCUCCACUAAGGAGAGUGUCCUGACCCUCUACACCCACAGCCAGACCCUCACCCAGGCCCUCACCCAGACCCUGCUAGGUGUGUUGUCCCCUGGGGACCAGCGAGUGGCUCACCACCCCUUCCUGAAGGAAGAUCUGAUGGCGCUUUCUCUGGACUGGAAGGCCCAGGUACCUGACCUGCUGUUGGAUGCUGGGCUCAGGCUGUCUGGUCACUUCCACAAGACCCUAGCUGACCUGGUGUAUAUUCUGCACGGCAACAUGGACAGAGAGAAGCCUAGUCUGGGAGAGGUCAGACUGCUGCUCUACACUACCGUUGGUGUGACAACGACCCCUGACCCCAGACCUGACCCCUGGGCCCAGUUCUUCCUCACGGAGACACACCUGGGACUGGUGCAGGAGAAUGCCGUGUUCCACCCUGCUCUGCGCCACCUCCCCCUGCUGUCCCGACAAGCACAGUUCCAGGGGGUGUCCCUUCGGUGCCGCUCUGACAUCCGCUGUUUGAUGGUCGGAGAUUGGGCUGGGAGCUCCCCAGCUGUGGGGGGAGAUGGAGCCGUUGAUGAAGGUGGGGCAAUUAGACUGGACAUCAUCCUGUCUCGGAACCGGAGGACCAGGGGAGAGAGGUGGGACAGGCCUAGGGAACAGCCUGGAAGAAGUGCUGCUGCUGUGAGGACGGUAGGAAGGGUGGCUGAAGCUGCUAUCCUGUACUCUAAUUCCUGUCCUUCGCCGCAUCAGCAGGCUGAAGUGUGGAAAUUAAAUUUCAGCUGCUCGUCGGAGGCCGCCUGUCUGAUUAAUCACUUGUCAAACGUCUCAAUGGUCACUGAUCAAGGACUGGACAGACCGUAAUGGAACUAGAGCUUAGACGGGACCGGACUGGACAGAAGAACUGGUACCUAACUCUCAUUGAGAGGAAGUCGAGGUGGCAGUACAGUCCCUCUCAAAACAACAAGAUGGAGAAUGUUUCUACUUUGGCACUACUAAAGGGCACUUUCCCCAAACACAGACUAAGAUAAGUCCAUGGACUUCUAAAAGCUUAAAAGACAAUCUCCUUGUACUUCAACUUUCAUCCAGGACUCGGGUUAAUCUGUGUCCAGGAAACAGGCCCAUAGAGUUACAUGAAUAUAUAUGAAUGUGUUUUGUUGUUCAACGUUUCCAUGCACUGAUUACUAUGAAAUAUUCAUAUCCCAUUUUCCACAUCUUUCUGAAGUGCACUUUAUUUUUUGGUCUGCUGUUUUCCAUGUUGUGGUGGUUUUUCAUUCACUGUUCCUGUUUUAGUUUACACUGUCGAGGGACCCCAGGACACUUCAUUAGAGAGAAUAUAGGCCAUUCUUUUUAAGGAUAAACAUGCAAAGGGAACAAAUAAUUGCAGAGUAUGCCUUUUUUAAGCAUAUUUGCACUUCUGACCACACAAAAGACAUGUGUUAUACCUCAAAUAUUUGAAAUGUUUGUGUUUUAUGGACAUAUGUAAACCUUUUUUUUUUAUUACUUUAUGUCAAAUAAUAUAUUAUGCAAUCUAAUUAAUUAUAUUUGUGGAAUAUUUGAAUUACUUGGUAGUUUCAGACACUUGUGUGUUUAAAAAUAUGUGUGUUUAAAAUGGUCAUGUUUACAAUGCUGCAGGUGGAAAAGAUGUGUUUUUGUUUAGGUUUGUCAAGCAUUAAAAGUUAUAUAACUUC